GUCUCUCGCGGGCGCUCAGAAGACCGCACGCACAAUUGCUGGGAAGCAGCUCCGGGUUGCAGGACAGGAAUGUGCACUCCCCACCCGGUAAACUUUCGGCGGCUGCAGCGGAAGCAGGAACUUGCGAACCACAAACCCGCCGGGCCCGGUGGGUGCUGCGAAGCAUCCCUUGGCCGCCUCGCCGAGACCCUUCGGAGCGCGUCGGAGCUGUCCUCGCACAGGGUGGCUUACAGGGGUCCCGAGGUCCUCUUACCGCCAGGUAAAGGCAUCCCCGCCCCCUGCGGAGGGAGCAGCUCAGCUCCUUGUCUGGAGUGAAGCUUCUCCACCCAUCCGGGAGCAAGGACCAGAGAGAAAUUUCAUCAUCUCUGCAAUCUUCUUGAAGCAAACUAAGACCAGGGGGAGAGUUAUUAUUGACCUUUGAAGACUAAAACUGCACUGAAAUUUAAAAUGGUCUUCAGGGAAGAGCAGAGCUUGACCUACAUUUUUGUAAUCAUUUGUUUCCUGACACUAAGGCUGUCCACCAGUCAAAAUUGUCCGACUGAGAGUCUAGAAGAUGUUGUUAUUGACAUCCAGUCAUCUCUUUCCAAGGGAAUCAGAGGCAAUGAGCCCAUAUACACAUUAACUCAAGAAGACUGCAUUAAUUCUUGCUGUUCAACAAAAAACAUAUCAGGGGACAAAGCAUGUAACUUGAUGAUCUUCGACACUCGAAAAACAACUAGACAGCCCAACUGCUACCUGUUUUUCUGUCCCAGUGAGGAAGCCUGUCCACUGAAACCAGCAAAGGGACUUAUGAGUUACAGGAUAAUUAGAGAUUUUCCAUCAUUGGCCAAACCUGAUUUGCCAAGCCAAGAGUUAGCCAAAGAAGAUUCUGUCUUCCACGGCCAGUCUUCACAAACAACCACUCCCCUAACCCCUCGUCGAACAGGCUAUUCAAAGCCCACGGAUUUCUUAUGGACAGACACCAAUUCUCAGAAGUUUGGAUCCUCAGAUCACUUGGAAAAACUAUUCAAGAUUGAUCCAGCGAGUGCACGGUUCUCUGUUUAUAAAGAAAAAAGCCAUUCUCAUAGUUCACAGUUUUCCUCAGAACAGAAAAUAGCUCAUCUGCUGCCUGAAAAUGUGACAACAUUCCCCACUACAGCGGCUGUUGCCUCGCUACACACCAUCUCUGUCACCGCAAAGCCUGUGGUCCUCUCCGCCAAUGCUCUUGCGAUAACUUCUGUGACUUCUCAACCACAGGUGGCCACUACAGCUCAGCCUGCAGCGACAGUCACUUCUCAGUCUCCCACAGUCAUUUCUGCAAUUCUGACACGUCCUGUGAUUACACCCCAAGCUCACAUGACUAAAACAGCAGUUCCAACUACCAUCUUUCAGGCACCUACAGACUGGAAAGACCCACCAGGAACAGGGCCCUUUAGAGAAAUUUUCAACCUAACUUUGAACACGGAGACCACCCAUAACCCCGCUACAGUUCUUUUACCAAAAGUGGGUUCUUCUGCUUCAAAUAAAACUGCUUCUCAGGAAAACCAGGAGACCAGUUCAGGCAGUUCCUCCCAGCACAGUCUUCCGGAAAGGCAACACGGCCUUCCGUUUGACAAGUGGCUCCUCAUUGGGAUGUUGCUCUUCGGGGUUCUGUUCCUUGUGGUAGGCCUUGCCCUCUCGAGUAGAAUGCUCCUGGAAUCUCUUCGCAGGAAACGUUACUCGAGACUUGAUUAUUUGAUCAAUGGGAUCUAUGUUGACAUCUAAGAACGAAACUAGAUGUCUCUUAAUUUAUGUAGUUUCUAGUAGCCCAAAUGUAGUGAUUCUGCUGAUUCGCUGAUCUUAGGAUUUUUGAAGUUUUCGAAGACAGACAAAUAAUUGCCUCCUACCACUUUCUUUUUGCUUUUGUUUUGAAGAGAAGCAGAGGUGGGGGGAGGAGGAAAACAAGUUAGGUAAUUUGAGUGAUCUGUCUCUGAAAUAUUAGCUGAAAACAGAGCUCUGCCUAAAGUAAUAAAGGGCUAAUUGCCAUAUAAAUUGGAAAAUGAGUGGCUUUUUGCAAAAAAAAAAAGGUUAGGACUUCUAGGCUGCAAUUUGUUAAUAUUUCUGGUUCUAGAUAAAGUCAACUAUUUAUGAUAUUAAUUCUAAUGGAUUUACUUUCCUUUUUAUAUGAAUUCCAAUAAAACUUAUUCCAGAUGUAUUUCCUUUCAAUUAAAUAUUUGAAUAAA